UUAUUCUUUAAGUUAGAGUUGAAAAUAUAAUUUAAGCAAGUUAGAAGGAUAUUUCGUAAAUAUCUGAAUACGAAAUUGGGUUUCGAAGCUGGCCCUAUUUCAUUCACAUUUUGAAGGAUCACUACUUCAGUUUCUGAUUUGCUCUAAUGGCGGCAUCUUCUUCAUCCUCAUCUUCCUCGGACUCUUCUAAUUUGUCGUCUCCCUCCUCCUCCCAUCGCCGAUCUCGUCGGCACCACCGUAGCCGCCGUGACAAAGACAAAGAUAAACACAAAGAUGCUCUCAAGGUUCGGAAGAAGAUCUCGCGCUCCCACACCAAACGACGUCGUAAACACCAACGUCACUCCUCUGAUUCCGACGAUUCUUCAUCACUAUCCGACUAUUCCAGUGACAGUUCUUCGGACAGUGAGAAUGAAACAUCGAAUCGUUCAAAGAAACUCAAGAGGAGUGACAAACACAAGAAGAGCAAAGAUAAAGAACGAACCAAGAAUCGUCGCCAUAAAAGGCAUAAGCAUAGAGUAAAAGAGAAGGAGCAAGAUGAAAGACGUAGCAGCCCCGUACAGCUUUCAAAGUAUUUGGGUCGUCAAAAAGAUGAUGGUGUUCGUCGAAGUGCAGUCUCAGGCAAAAAGAUUCUAUUGAAACUUGACAAGUCAAAGGAAGACAAGGCAGCGGAGAAUAAAAGAAAUGAAUUGCUGAAAUUCUUGAAUGCUAGUUUUGAUUAAUUUUCUGGAAAUUUGUUACUCUCGAAGGAGUUAGAAAGUGCAUGGAAGGAGUUGAGGUAGUCACUGCCUAUUUGUCAAAUUUUCAUAGCACAUGGCAGAAAUCUAGUUAUCUAUUAUUGUAUUUUAAGCGAGAAAAUGGUGCUCUAUCAUAGAUUCACAUUUUUACAAUUGUUAUUGUCGGGAAAGCAUUGUUAUCUGUAUUUUAUUUUUUGGAUUUUACAGUUAGUAUUUUAUUUGAGCCUUCAAUUUGGGUUGUGUACUUGGUAUGAGGCAAGUGUUUCCAUUGUUAGACUAUAAAUAUAAAGCACGAUAUUUAAUUUUGGUGGUUCUA